CGAGGUUUGUGUUGGUGUCCGAACACCUCGGCUUUUCCAGCAGUUAAAGGAACCGAGCCAGCUCAGAGUCACAAAGGGGUGCUCGACACUCCCGCCUGAUGUUGCGUGCGGGGCUGCUGGUGUUGACAUUUUUACUGUAUCAGUAUGUAUCAUAUCAUUGGAAUUUGGCUUUAUCCAUAUUCAUACCUUCGAAGAACACCGUUAUAAAUAUACUAUGUCGCUGUAUUUGCCCAACGGAACCGAUAAGCCUAACUUUAGUCUUGCGUACUUCCCUUACAUACGUGUAUGAUGCCAACACACCCAAUGGACAUGGCGAACCAAGUAAUAAUUUUGGAUACUAUUAAUGCCGGAUGAUUGUGCUCAUACCUGUCCUCAUGAUG